AUGUAAAAUUAAGAAAUUUAAAUUUUAUAAAUUCCUGAUUUUUCUUCGAGUAAUUUUCUCGGUUUUAAAACAGGUUUAAGACCUUACAGAAAAGGUGGAGUAAAUUUAAACGUUGAAAAAAUAAACAAUAAAAUAAUAUUCCACAACUACGGUCAUGGAGGAGCUGGAGUAUCUACCGCAUACGGUUAUGCUUUGAUAUAAUACUAUAAAUUCAUAGAAUAAUACCGAUAUGAUAACGAAAAAGAAAUUGCAGUACUAGGAGGUGGAUACUUAGGCUUAUUCACAGCAUUUAUUUUUUCUAAGUUUGGAUAUAAAGUAAAGGUUUAUGCGGAAGAAUAUGUAAAAAAAGACAUAUAAUAAAUAUUAAAAGGAGAGAGAGAUAAUACUAUAAUAGUUUCAUAAAUAGCAGGAGGAUACUGGAUGCCUUUUGGUUAUGAAUUUAAUAAAACUAAGGAACAAUGGGAAAAUCAUAAAUUUGCAUCUAUGGAAACUUUCAAAUAUUACUAACGAGAAUUAGAAAUUAAAAAAUUCAAAGGUUUAAAAUAUUUAAAAGUAAUAUAAAUUGAUGAUGAUCAGGAGACAUUAGAAUGCCUUCCUGAUAAUAUAAUAACUGAUAUGCAAAAAAUAAAAAUUAAAUUUGGAAAAAAUCAUACUGUAUAUGAAGCUAAAAAAUUCAAUUCUAUUUAAGUUGAAGGAGAUAUUUUCUUAGAUGAACUUAUGAAUGAAUGCUCGUCUGUAUUAUUUAAUGAUGGUAAUUUAAUACCUGUUUUCGGAUAGCUUGCUGUCUAUUAGAGUAAUACUUAAAUAGAUUAUUAUUUAAGUGGACCUAAUGGUGUUAGGAUAUAUCCCAGUUCAUUUGGAUUUUAUGUAGGAAAAUCCUUAACUCCAACCCUUACAUUUCAUAAGAUCAUUUAUAAUUUUUUUUGUGCCGAAAUAUUCAUGUUUUACUACUUCUUCAUUAAGUUCAUGACCUAAAGUGACACAUUUAUACCCUCCAACUAGAGCAGUAUGUUCAUUUUCUAGAUGAUAUGGUGUUAAUGA